AUGUUUGCGACGGCUGCGGCCAUGGGUGAGGAAGCUAGUUGGAAUACCAGAGCUCGUUUGCAGCACGCUUGGAGAGCCGUUGCGAAGCGUAACGAACAGUUCAACGUCACCAUUUUCCAGAUGUAUUCAUUCUACGUUGACCAGCUGGACUCUAUUGGUAGUAACACUAUCUCGACUGUGAUUGUCGCUGCAAUCACAAUGGACCUAGCAUGCUUCUUGAUGAUCCCACAUGCUAGCUCAAUUAUAUCAAGGUAG